AUGAGGAGACCCCCCAGUGGCUCAGAUGACAAAAAGCUAGAGGAACCUCCUUUUUUUAUCACACCGGCGGAGGAGUUGAAGAUAAUUGAAGACCAGCUCUUGGCUUUACAGAAAGUAUUGCAUAUGGUGGUCCGAACGUCCUUCAAAGAGAAAGUGUUUUGGACAGAAGCUGAUCUGAAUGUUCUGAAGAAUGUCGUCGAGGAGAAAAUUCAAAAGUUGGAACAUCAGCAGAAUCUGAUCUUGGAGCAGAACGAUCAUUCUCCGGAGAAGUGGUUUGUUCCAGAUAAUUUCAAGAGGAUCGGAUCGAGGCUUUUUUACAUUUCCACCAAGGUAAAUGUGGAUUGGUUUUCCGCCAAAGCCGCCUGUCGAAAGAUGGGCGGCCAACUAGCCACCAUCAGGAACAACGAGGAGCUAAAUCUUAUUGAACGUAAAUUGAAACAUGAUGUUGGCUACUGGCUGGAUCUCAACGAUUUGGAUAAGGAGGGGGAGUUCGUUACAUCCUCAGGCAAGCCAGCAUCCUUUUUGAACUGGAGAAAAAGACAACCCGACAACCACAACAAUAAUGAACAUUGUGUGCAAUUAAUUAACGAUUAUUUUUACGAUUCUCCAUGCAGUACUAAGCAUCGCUUUAUUUGUGAAGCUUAA